GAAACAACAAAGCCCUCAAAGCGGCAGAAGUUAUCCCAGCCUGCGGAGGAAGCUGUACAAACUCGUGUGGAUGUGCAGACCGCGUUUGAAGACGACUUGACUUGUCCAAUAUGCCUCGAGCUGAUGGUCGGAUGUCAGGGAGUCAACCCUUGUGGGCACAUUGCAUGCGGGAUCUGCUCUGAUGCAUGGAUCGUCCAGAGGAAGGCCACCUGUUUUACCUGUCGCGAGCCUGCUGGUCCUGUCAAGCCUCUGAUCCCAUGCAGGAGCCUCGACAGCAUUAUCGAGAAACACAUUGCUGUUCUCGAGGCUAGCGGAAACCUCGAGUGGGUGAAGGAGGGCGAGAAGAGGAAGGACUGGGAUAAGCGCAUGGGUGAGUGGAUCGAGAUCAAGAAUCGAGCCCCACCUGUGGCGGCUAGACACGUCCAGGAGGAUCUCAGUAUUGAAGAUCUCAGAGACGAGCUUGAAGCCUACGGCGAUCUUUACGACCGGGGCAUGCGGAGAGCCAGGGAGGAAGAUGUCGAUGCUGCUGGCGAAACAUUUGGCCGGCUGUUGAGGGUUGCCCAAGGGUUGCCGCUAAGCUCAGAGGAAGAGACCAGUGAUGAUGAAGUCCCGGGAGGCAGGGAACGGGCUAUAUCGAGGAUCGUUCGAGACUUCGGCGGCGAAAGCUCGGAGGAGGAGCCAGAUACUAGUGACGAUGAGCAACCUGUCGGUCACCGGCAAAAUCCUGUGGUAUUGGACACCGACCAUGAGGAUGACGAUGGAAGAUCGCAUGUUGAUCGGCCUCAGGCUGCCUUACCCCAAGUGAUCCAGGGAGUUCAUUGGGAAAACGGAGAAGAAUGGCUGGAUGGCACAGCGGAAAAUGAUGGUGAAUAUGAAGACGAACCUUACUACGACGAUGCCCUCUACGAUGCGGACCAUUACGAUGAAGACGCUCCCGACUUCCCCAAUUUCCAGUACGGGAAUAAUGAAGAACCAGCGCAGUAUGCGGACGGACCCGAAUAUGAAGCUGGAGAAGGUGAUGCCGCACCUUAUGAGGAGGAUGUGGAGCUUGACGGAGAGGAAGUGGAUGAAGAGGACUAUCUCGACUGGGUUUCGGGGGAGGAGGAUCCGGACGAGGGUGAAUUUUAUGGAGACUAUGAAGACGAGGACGUCAACACCCACACUCCCGAUCCCUCUGAACGGAAUAACGAGCCCAGCGAGAUGGUUCACACCUGGCCAGAGGACCGCUAUGGGCACGCUGCCAGUGAGAUCAUCCGCCUCCAGCAAGAACGGCGGCUUGCGCGCCCAACAGGGAAUCGUAACAUCUCCGGCCCCGGCACGCCCCCAGUGCGGGACGAGCCUGUGCGUACGGCGCCUGGCCCCUCAACUCCGAGGUUAGUGUCAAGGUUUUCUCUGUUCGGCAACCGAGCUACAUCCCCUCCUACUCGCCCAUCGACCAACAUAAACCGGCGUCGUGCGCCCUCGCCCGACCAGGCCGCGCACUCGGAAGAAGAACGCGAACAAAUCGUGAUAAGGGGAAGCAUUGCGGAUCAGUUCCAGCGCCUGCGCCGUGUCAGUGCCGCACAACAACGCCGGUCUGACAAUGCGACCGCUGCAGCUGCGCAGUCCCGCUCCAUCCCACCUAACAUCAUCCGGACGCACAGGCGCUUCACGUCCCCUCCAGCGGGCAGCACCCAUCGGAGGUUCGUCUCUCCUCAGAUUGCGCUUCCUGGUACUCCACCCGUGCGCCGGCGUACCAUCCCCAUCGAUCUACAUUCUCCGGAAGAGAGACCCGUUCAGCAUAAUUCUCGACGCCCAGUUCGGACGAAUCGGAGUCGGUCUCCUUCGGCGACAGCCCAAGUAGUCAGGAGUCUGCCUGUCUCUCGUGCAAGAGAAGAACCUCCUCAG